CAUAACAAAUGGAAAAAAAUUCAGAUAAAGAAAAUCCCGAAAAAAAGAAGAAAAUCGAUAAGGAAGAUGAAAGUAAUGACAAGAAUCAAGAUCACACUGCUAAUUGUUUAAGCACUGUUAAUGUUAAUUAUUCGACAAAAAACGAGAAAGAAGAUGAAGAUAAAGGUAAUCGUCUUCAAAUGAUAACCGAAAUCAUCUCAUUAAUAAUCAUGUUUAUAGGAUUUUCAUUAGCUAUGAUCACACCUUGGUUUUUAUUGGCCAUCUUCACCUUUCCGGGACCAUACACGCCAUAUUUUAAGACUGCAAUUUGGACGUGUUGUUUACUCUCUUUGAUAUGCAUCAUUAUAGGCUCUUUUCUAGGAAAUGUUGUUUGGCAUUACGAUGAAUCAAAAACAAAAUGGCGUUUCUUCUUUCAUUGUGGAUCCAGUAAGACUAGACAUCAUUGGGGUGAUAGUUUUUUUAAACUGAGAAAGAAUGACGAUAUCAUUGUGGAAUAUUUAUAAAUAAUCAUGUGUUAAUAUCGAAUUUCUUAAAUAUAUGUACAAAUAUUUCAAUAAAAA